AAAUUAUUGUUUCUUUGUCCUGGUGAUAUCCUAAGUAAGAAAGUGAGAUGAAGGCUUACGUUUGUACGAUCUCAUUGUUGCUUUGCGGGUUAGCGUACUUUGUUCUACAAGUACAAGGUUACUCACCAGCUACCUGCUAUUAUGAAGGAAAAUAUUACACUGAAGGCGUAUACACACUACCGGAUUGCUACAGUCAAUUAAUUUGUUUUGACGGUAGAUUAACUAUAAAAGAUUGUCCUAUAACACCCUGUCCGCAUGGUACUACUGUAUAUUCCAUGCAGCGCGGUCCAGGAUCAUUCUUUCCAGAAUGCUGUAGAAAAUACGAAUGUUGGAUGCCUAAACCGUUUUAAAAUGUUGGAAAGUAAUGCGUUAUGUUCCUAAUCGGUUCUGUUUUGAUCAUUACAUUUUUCUUUCUACAAUGAUAACUAUUACAUCGUAACAUCACUGUGGUCUUACAUCAUAAUAUUUCUAAAACGUUCAACGUUUGCGGCAAGCUUGUAGCAACAUUGUAUUUCGCAACUUCCAUGCAAUAUUACAAUAUUUCUAUGCAUGGUUUAUGCAAUGUUUCUGUAAUCUUUCGGUUUUAUCGAUUACUUUCUUGCAACUAAUCGAUUCAAAGCCAAAAUUUGGGCAUUCUCGCAACCAAAUUUUUUUGAUUAGUCGUUGAUUAAGAUAAAAAAGAAAAA